AUGGAUGAGGAUCAACUUUUGGACUACGAAGAAGAACAAGAAGAAUCCACUGAUGCGACUAAAGCUGAAAAUGGUUCAGCAGGAGAUAAAAAGCUGAAGGGUACAUAUGCUUCAAUCCAUAGCAGCGGAUUUCGAGAUUUUUUGUUGAAGCCGGAAUUAUUGAGAGCAAUUGUCGAUUGUGGGUUUGAGCAUCCUUCAGAAGUACAACAUGAGUGCAUUCCUCAAGCAAUAUUGGGAAUGGACAUCGUUUGUCAAGCAAAAUCAGGGAUGGGUAAGACAGCUGUAUUUGUUCUUGCCACUCUGCAACAGCUUGAACCUAUUGAUGGUGAAGUAUCUGUUCUAGUGAUGUGUCAUACACGUGAGCUGGCGUUUCAAAUUUCUAAAGAGUAUGAACGAUUUAGUAAGUACAUACCAGGUGUCAGGAUUGCUGUUUUCUUCGGCGGUAUACCGAUUAAAAAAGAUGAGGAGACACUUAAAAGCAACACACCACAUAUUGUCGUAGGUACUCCGGGACGUACUCUUCAACUGGCACGACAGGGAAGCUUGAAACUUAAAAACAUCAAAUACUUCGUCUUAGAUGAAUGCGACAAAAUGAUUGGUGAUAAUGAUAUGAGACGAGACGUUCAAGAAAUUGUGAAGAUGACACCGCAAGAAAAACAAGUGAUGAUGUUCAGCGCCACAUUACCAAAGGAUUUGCGAGUGGUCUGCAAAAAAUUCAUGCAAGAUCCUAUGGAAGUAUAUGUGGACGAUGAAGCUAAAUUAACAUUGCACGGAUUACAACAGCAUUAUGUUGUUAUUUUUGUUCGCUCUGUGCAGAGAUGCGGUGCUCUACAUACUUUACUUUCUGAGCAGAAUUUUCCAAGCAUUGCCAUUCAUCGCGGUAUGCCUCAAGAAGAGCGACUAUCUCGUUAUCAGCAGUUUAAAGAUUUUCAGAAACGCAUUCUUGUUGCAACAAAUCUUUUCGGCCGUGGCAUGGAUAUUGAACGCGUAAAUAUUGUGUUCAAUUAUGAUAUGCCAGAAGAUUCUGAUACUUACUUGCAUAGGGUAGCACGUGCUGGACGAUUCGGUACCAAAGGUUUGGCCAUUACAUUCGUGUCAGAUGAAAACGAUGCGAAAAUCUUGAAUGACGUGCAGGAUAGCGUAAUGGCGUUGGUUUUACUUAUGGGGAUUCCGGGUUCAGGAAAGACAGAACUCAGUAGAAAAUUAAGAGAAAGUUUUGGAGAUUCAGUCUGUACAGUGUUUUCAUAUGAUGAUAUUUUCAACGAUGAUGGAUUUGUGGAACAUAUUUGGGGUGAAGACAGUGUAGGUGGGAGUAUGGUCAAGUUAUAUGGUUUGAAUGCAGAAAGUCGUAAUGCUCGUAGUGAGCGGAAAAGAUGUGAGUAUCAAAUACAAAAAUUCUUGAAGGCUCAAUUUUAUGCUGAAGGGGGUAAUGUGUUUAUGGUUACUGUCGUUGAUGACAUAUUUUAUCUGAAAAGUAUGCGAAGACCAUUUCGGAAAAUGUCUUCUAAGUUUAAUCUUUCUUUUCUAACUGUAUUGGUGGAUGUGCCAGUAGAAAAAGCUUUGAUACAGAAUAUGCAGCGAUGUGAACGGCAUCAAGUGCCAGAAUCUACUAUACGAAAAAUUUAUGAAGAGAUGGAAUUGCCUUCAGGAAAUGAUGAUUUCUUCAGAUAUCAAUCUGAGAAUGACCUACAGACAUUACUGUUAUAUAUUAGUAGUAUUAAGAAAAGCAAAGAAGCUGUUAAGAAUGUAACUGCAACGAUUGUAUCUAAGAAUGAAGGCGUAGCAGUGACUUCCAACGAUGGGAAGUGGUGUGAAUUGGAGCUUAACUUAAGGAAGUGUGUUGCAGAAUUAAUUCGGGAGAAAAGUAUUGGUAAGGGUGGUGUCGCAAAGUUAGCUGAAAUUAAGAAAAAACUUUAUGCAGAGAUGCGGAUAAGCGAUGACUGCAGUUGGAAUAAGAUAAUGCUGAAAGAUAAUAUGUGGAAGCAAUUUCAAACUACGUAGUG